AUGGCGGUGAUGGCGUAUCAGAAGCGAGACGCUCGACUCGACGGCAGAGCAAAGAGGCGGCGGUGGCAGCGACGACGAGACGAGCAGAAGAAGGAGAAGAAGAAGAAGAAGAACGAGAAGAAGACGAAGAAGCCGGGAAAGGCUCGGUCGGCGUCGACUCGAGCCAGCAAGCUGUCCCCUGCCUACCCACAGGAUUAUAUUGGUUGCUGUCCCCUGCUCCGCCGGAGGGAGGAGUCGUGCCGCCGGGUGGGCCUCCCAGCUUAUAAAACAGGCCCGGAGACGGGCAUCAAGAGGGACGCAGAGGAGGAGCAGAACCAGACAAGACUCGCUGCUGUGGCCAUUCACCGUUCGCUGCUCAAUUUGCCUGCUGGGGGAGACGUUGCAGGGCGGGAUGCUACUACUACUGCUGCUGCUACUGCUACUGCGCAUGGAGUAGUCAACUCUAUGCCGGCUGCUCGCUCAGCGGGAGCACAGUAA